AAAGGGGUCAGACAAGCCUUGGAGAAGGUGAGGUCUGGAGCGCUGAGCCCAGGUCAGAAGUAGGGCAAAGUUAACCCGCCUGAGGUAAGGCUGCAGUUGGCCAGGGACACAGGUGGCAGGAGUCCUGGUCCCUCCACAGGACAAGAAACACCCUGAAGCUUUAGUUUUGGGGACAGAACCCAAGGCCAACGUUGUAAAUGCCAGGCAAACAGUCAGAAGACAGGCCACUGGAAGUGGCAGCCGUGGAGGAUGGGGGUGACAAAGGCCUGGCGAGCCUCACGGCAGAGGAGCUGCAGCAGGGCCAGGAGGCUGCUCUAGCCUUGGAGGACAUGAUGGCUCUGAGUGCCCAGACCCUGGUUCGAACUGAGGUUGAGGAGCUGUACGAGGAAGUGCGUCCCCUGGGCCAGGGCAGGUUCGGCCAUGUCCUGCUGGUUACCCACCGUCAGAAAGGAACACCCCUAGCACUGAAGCAGCUCUCCAAGAACUCAACUUCCCUCCGUGGCUUCCUGUACGAGUUCUGUGUGGGCCUCGCGCUUGGCAAGCAUCCAGCCAUCGUGGCGGCCUAUGGCAUCGGCAUUGAGUCAGCCGCUUCCUACAGCUUCCUGACAGAGCCUAUUCUCCACGGCGACCUCAUCACCUUCAUCCAGCCCAAGGUGGGUCUUCCGCAGCCAGCUGCCCAGCGCUGUGCCAGCCAACUGGCCUCGGCCCUGGGGCACAUUCACUCGCACGGCCUGGUGUACCGGGACUUGAAGCCAGAGAAUGUGCUAGUGUGUGACCCAGCCUGCCUGCGGGUCAAGCUCACAGAUUUUGGCCACACUAGGCCCCGAGGGACCCUGCUCCGGCUCACUGGGCCACCUAUCCCCUACACUGCUCCUGAGUUGUGUGCCCCACCACCCUUCCCCGAGGGGCUACCCAUCCAACCUGCCCUGGACGCCUGGGCUCUGGGAGUCCUGAUAUUCUGCCUUCUUACUGGCUACUUCCCCUGGGACCAGCCCCUGGUGCAGGCUGACCCAUUCUUUGAGGACUUUCUCAUCUGGCAGGCCUCGGGCCAGCCCCAAGACCGGCCACAGCCGUGGUACGGCCUGACUCCUGCGGCAGACAGUCUCCUGUGGGGGCUGCUAGACCCUCACCCCAGGAGGAGGAACCCCGUGAGCUCUAUCCAGGGCUACCUAGGCCAACCCUGGAGGCAGAGGCAGGGGGAGGCUGAGGAACUGGCAAAGGAGCUGAGAGAAGAUGGGUCGUGAGGAGGCCAGGCGGCUGCAGACGGGGAGCAAUCCACCUACCGAGGCCUGCUGCCCGAGCGCCUGCCUGGCUGUGGCGGCCUGUUUUCAGUCUGUGUGAAUUUGAGUGUGCACAAGUACACGUGUGGGAGUGAACGUGAGUACACGGGCAUGAGCGUACCUGGGUGGGCGGAGGUUCGUGCUAGGGCUAUCGUGAUCAUCAGCGUGGUUGGCUGUGAGAUGGGAGUGAACGUGGGGAACGGAGACGGAGAGGCUCGGAAGCCGGGUCACGGCUAUCAGGGCCCCACCCCGGCAUCCCAGCUGACAGCGCAUUUCCUCAUCGGCUGA